GCGCACAUUGCCUUGCCUGCGCAGGCUCUCCACCUCGCAGGCGCUGCCCUGUUCCGGGCAGCCGCCCGCGUGGCGGGCAGGAGCUCCACGGCCUCUCUGCUCGGCUCUGGGGCGCCCGCGCGCCGAGCACGGCACGAGGCGCUCCGGGUCUGGCUACGACGCUUAGCUGAGCGCGCGGCGCAAGGCAUCAUCACUGCCGAAGCCGCGGUGGAAAGCUCCAUCGCGUUGAUGGCAGAGCUCUACCUGGCCACAGGGGCCCGCAUGAGCCCAGAGGCCCUCCAGGACGCGCGCGAGACCCACCACGAGAUAGAGCGCACCUCGACCGCGCCAGGUGUGGCCGGGCGACCGUUCGCCGAUGCCUCGGCGAUGUGGUUCGACUCGGAGCCCCGAG